UCUGCCACACCGUUUUACCAAGUUGGGAAAGAAGUAGAGGAAGAGGACCGCCGGGGGAAACAACACUAUGGCGACGGCGACGGCGACGGCGACGGCGACGGCGAUGGCGAUGUUGUCGAUAGAGUCUUUGCCUCUUGGCUUCAGAUUCAGACCGACAGACGAGGAACUCAUCAAUCACUACCUCAGGUUGAAGAUCAACGGCCGUGAUUCGGAGGUUCGUGUCAUCCCCGAAAUCGAUGUCUGCAGGUGGGAGCCUUGGGAUUUACCUGGGUUGUCGGUGAUUAAGACUGAUGAUCAGGAGUGGUUCUUCUUCUGUCCCCGUGACCGGAAGUACCCAAGUGGCCAUCGUUCCAACAGAGCCACUGACUCUGGCUAUUGGAAAGCCACAGGCAAGGAUCGGACCAUCAGAUCCAAGAAGACGGCUGUUGGGAUGAAGAAGACUCUUGUUUUCUAUCGUGGUCGUGCUCCACGGGCCGAGCGGACCAGCUGGAUCAUGCAUGAGUACCGUGCCACUGACAAGGACCUCGACGGUUACGGCCCUGGCCAGAAUCCAUAUGUUUUGUGUCGCUUGUUCCAUAAACCUAGUGACUGCUGUGGUACUGCAAACUGUGAUGAACUAGAGAAUGAUAAAUCCACUCCCGCCAGCCCCAAAUCCAUUCCCGAUGACACAUCUCCUGAGAUGGUCCAAGAAACAGCUACAUCUCGGGAAAAAGCUUUGAAAGAAUCAGAUGAUGCUGAAAGAUCUCUGGCUGAUAAGUCUGAUGAUGUGAAACCCAAUGAUCCACUGAUUAACGGUAGCUUUGACAACCACGUUACAACUUCUCAUACUGAAGACUGUAUUUUGGGGAAAAGCAUAGUUGGGGAAAAUCCAUUUUUAAGGGACAUUUAUGAUCUUUAUGGCCCAAGCUUUGCUCAGAUCGAUGACAAAACAAUUUGUCCAUCACAGUCAAGCCUUGGCUUUGCUGCAUCACACAUGGAUUCACUGUAUGCCAGCGAUUUUGGAAACUGUGAUAACGGACUACAUUUUCAGGGCGGUGCCUCUUUACAGGAUGUAUCCUUGACAGAAGUCUUGGAUGAGGUGUUUGGUAACCAUAACGUAUCUUCUUGUGACGAUUUCACCAAAGGAAAAGACAUAGCUCUUCAAAGAACGAUACAUUUGCCCGGAAAUACAGGCAUGCCCUCAGCUGUUAACCCCUUAUUCCACGACACUGCUCCAUUUUUUGACCGGGAUGAUGUAAUGGCAGGAGCACAGCAAUAUGUACCAGGCAAUGAGUUAGUGGAGGGGCAAACUUUGUCGGGAUUCUCCUGGUCCUUGACACCGCUGACUGCCCACCCAUUAGAGCAGUAUGGUUCAUCUUCUUAUGCAACCGCCAACCCGUGUCAUAUUAAUUCCAAUAAUUUAGAGCAGCCAACUGUUCAAGUGAGCUUUGUGGAGUCCAACGUUAGUCCCAGUAGCAUAUCCCGGUUCAAGGCUACGGCUAGGCAACAUCUGCCGAAUUCAAACUUCUUUGUGGACCAAGGGACUGCUCCUAGAAGACUUAAGCUACAGAUGGAGAAGUCAAGUUCAGAUCUCAGCGAAGAAGAUGAAGUGCAAUCUGCCACUUCCAAGGUUGUGGAUGGUAAUGAGAGGUGGUUUCUUGAUAGCGACAAGACUAGUGUCCACGAGCCCGAUAGUCAUUCGCAACCAGCUGAUUCCGGCAUUCAAAGUACAACACGAAGGAGAAUCCAUCUGCAGAUGAGAACGCAUAAGCCUCCCUCAAACAGCAGUGAUUCAGUGAGAUGUAGCAAAGAAGAAUCAACUGGGCUUGAGGGAGAGGAUAAAGACCCAUCACGGCAAGAUCUGAAGUUAAGACAGAACCAUGAGAAGUGGACAAAGACUCGGCUGCUAAAGAGAAGCUUGCAAUGUAGCAGUGGUAGUAUGUUCACUGUGUUCUUGGUUAUGGCGGUGAUGAUGGUGAUAUUGAUCGCGACGUGGAGAGGCUGGUUUGGCAUAAUCACGAAGAAUGCCGAAAAUAACCUCAUGUUUCAUCAGAUGGAUUGGUCGAGAGACAGACAUAUUGAUGUAGUCUUGUAAAGCCGGUGUGUACCAUCAAUGUCCCUUUUUUUAGUUGGAUUUUGUAAUGAUUGUGUCUUAGGUUUAUUUCGGACCAAAGUCAGGAGUCUAUUUUGCAGCAUCUGCUUGAACUGACAUUAAUUGGACAUUCGAGGUUUCUUUAGAGUCUUGA